AUGCGGUAUCUUGCAAGUCUAGCCCUCCUAUGCCAUCUGGUACUUGGUGCCCCGUCUACCCCAUCUGAUGAACACACUGCAAGCACUGCAGCAGUCUUUGAAGUCGACAGAUUCUUCGCUGGAAGUCUUCCACCGACUACGAGAAACUUUGUCAUAUUUUCUGUCCGGCCAACCCCUGGCGCCGACUUCGCCAACUGCACCGUAAACACGGACACUGGCGCCAAAGUGCCAACGGUCGAGAAGCUGGUUUGUUCUGAAAUCAACUCCAUCACAUGGAGUCUAGAACCGAUGGGAACGGGGAUGCAUUUCAGUAUCUGGUGGGCUUUUACCAGUCACGCUUCGUUGUUGGGGGGGAUACACUUUGACAAGUCGUACUUCAAGGACACGACACUUGCAGAUGGAAGCAAGGCAGAGAGCUAUGUGGGACCGCAUAAAUUCACUUUGGAGACUACAAUGGUGCUGAAUAAUCUCGGAGGGAAGUAG